AAAAAGACAGCCAAACGGCAGGUUAGUUUGGCGCCUCCCUCCGCGCUCCCACCUUGUUUUAUCUCCUCAACCAAACUCCCCGGCGUCAAUGGCGACGGCGGCGCUGCCGAGCUUCCAUAUCCGGCGACUCAAUUUCUCUCAUCCACUUCUCCUCAAUCUCCGCACUCACUCUCUCUCCUCUUCUUCCACCGCACUAGCUUCACUAGACUCCGUCUCAUCCGAACCAGCUCAAUCCAACACUAGCACCACUGCAAACCCUAGAAACGACAACGUCAAGGCCAAACCGACGUCGUUUUACCCCAAGAGAGGCCAGACUCUUGAACUCGAGUGCGAGUCGAUUGCGUACAAAGGCAAAGGCGUUUGUAAAGUUGCGGAUACUGGAUUCGUGCUUAUGUGUGAUCGUGUUCUCCCUGGUGAACGCUUCAUCGGUCGCGUUACUCGAAAAAAAGAUAAUUACGCUGAGGUGAAAAAAUUGAAGACACUAUCUCCACAUCGGGAUGCUGUGGAGGCGCCAUGUGAAUAUGCUUCGCAUUGUGGAGGUUGUAAAACGCAAAAUCUGUUGUACGAGGCUCAAGUGAGAGCGAAGGAACUACAAGUUCGUGAAUUGACGGUGCAUGUGGGAAGGUUUUCUAAUAAGGAAUUGGAGACUAUUAUGAAGCCUAUUGUUCCUUGUGAUAUCCAGUUUCAUUACCGUAACAAGAUGGAGUUCUCAUUUGGUCCAAAAAAGUGGAAACCCCAAGAACUGUUGGGGGAGGGCAGCUCCAACAACAAUGAUGAUUAUGCUUUGGGUCUGCAUGCUCCUGGAUUUUUUGACAAGGUUCUUAAUGUCGACAUCUGCUUAUUGCAGAGUGAACCAGCUAAUAGGGUUCUUGCAGCAAUUCAAGAUAUUUGGAGGGAGUCCCAGUUAGGUCUAUCUCCAUACAAUUGCCGCUCUCAUGCUGGAUUUUUGAAGCAUCUAAUGAUACGAACUGGCAGGGAUGCUGAGACCAGUCUUCCCGAGAUUAUGGUAAAUUUUGUCACAGCAUCUUACGAGCCUGAUCUGCUGAAACCCCUUGUUGAGAAAAUUGAAGCUAUCCCCGAAGUGGUAAGCAUCAUGAACAAUGUAAACACUUCUGUUGGUAACACAUCUGUCGGUGAGAUGGAAUACACAUUAUACGGGAAGCCCACUAUAAGAGAGAUUUUAAGAGGACUUACAUUUCAAAUAUCAGCAAACUCUUUCUUCCAGACAAAUACACGUCAGGCAGAGAUUUUGUAUAAACUAAUCGAAGAUUGUGCCUGUAUAAAAGGAGAUGGAUCAGAAAUUGUUCUCGACUUAUUUUGUGGCACCGGAACUAUUGGUCUUACCCUGGCCAGAAGAGUAAAACAUGUUUAUGGGUAUGAAGUAGUCCCUCAAGCCAUAUCAGAUGCUGGUCGCAAUGCGAAACUGAAUGGCAUUGACAAUGCUACCUUUAUCCAAGGGGAUCUUAAUAAAAUUGGUGAAAAUUUCGGGAAUGCGUUUCCAAAGCCUGACAUAGUCAUAACAGACCCGAACCGUCCAGGAAUGCACAUGAAAUUGAUUAAAUUUCUGCUGAAGCUCAGGGCCGCAACCAUCAUCUAUGUGUCGUGCAACCCUGCUACUUGUGCACGUGACCUUGAUUAUUUAUGUCACGGUGUGGCGGAAAAAAAUAUCAACGGAUGUUAUAAACUUCGAAGCCUCCAACCAGUAGACAUGUUCCCUCAUACUCCUCAUAUUGAAUGUGUUUGCUUGCUGGAACUUUCUUGAUUGAUACUUCCUGUCAUUUUCCGACCCCUUCAGUCCAUAUUUCCUCCGGCUUGUCAAUGUGAUUCAAUUACUUUAUUAUGAUUGUUAGCAUAUAAACGAUGGAUAGGUGAGAAAAACUUUAAUGACCAAAGGUUGUAGAAUUUCAUCCUACCACAUCCGUAGAUCUUGUAAUAUCUUAUACCCUAGCAUUUUUAUCCUAUUAACCAAGGGUAGUAGUUCUACAUAGAGUUUCAACAACCAUGUAUCGAUUCAAGGCGCGUUUUUCAGCGUUAGAUUUUUAUUUAAUUAUGCUAAUUUUGAUUACUAUCGAUUUGUGACAUUUGCAGAUCGUUUGGCUAA